AUACCACUCGUCAAUGGCCUGUUAGGGCUGGCUGGCAAUGACCUCACCCCUCCUGCGCCCGCACACCCCUGUCAUUUACCCCACGGCGGGGCAUCCACCAUCCCAAAAAUUUCCCGUCGCAACAGUCCAACAUCACAAACGCACAGCACUGCACCAUUCAGACCCAAUCGCAUACCAUGA